AUGGAGCCUGAGCGUGCUGAGCCUGGAGGUACUUUGUCCUCUGGAGGUCCUACGGGUGUCUUGUCACGGCGGGAGCCACUCUCUCCACCGCAGCUGCGCGAGUGGUUUGCUCGGCGCUGGAGCCGUGCUGCUGGAGCUGGGGGGCCUACAACUGGAGGUGCUGCUGGAGCUGGAGCUGCUGGAGGUGCUGCUGGUGCUGGAGCUGCUGGAGGUGCUGGAGCCGCUGGUCCCGGAGGUGCUCGUACUGGAGGUACUGGAGCUGCUGGAGCUGGAGGUGCUGCUACAGCUGGAGCUGCUGGAGGUGCUGCUGGUGCUGGAGCUGCUGGAGGUGCUGGAGCCGCUGGUCCCGGAGGUGCUCGUACUGGAGGUACUGGAGCUGCUGGAGCUGGAGGUGCUGCUACAGCUGGAGCUGCUGGAGGUGCUGCUGGUGCUGGAGCUGCUGGAGGUGCUGGAGCCGCUGGUCCCGGAGGUGCUCGUACUGGAGGUACUGGAGCUGCUGGAGCUGGUGGUGCUGCAGGAGUUGUAGCUGGAGGCACUGGAGCUGUUGCUACUGGAGGUGCCUCUGGAGCUGGUGCUGCUGGAGGUGCUGGAGCUGGUGGUGCUGCAGGAGUUGGAGCUGGAGACCCAGGAGCUGGGGGUACUGGUGCUGUCUCUGCUGGUUCUGGAGGCGAUGCGUGGCCGCGGCCGUACUUCGUUCCACUCCUUCAGCAGGUUCUUGGUCUCCCGACUUCUACUGGUCCUACUCCUCCCUUACUGUGUCCACCGCCUGACCAGUCACAGUCGCAGUUACAGCCAGCCUCCCCACUGCCUGGUCCUUCUCCUUACACUGGGCCGACCGGAGGUCUUGCGGAGCGUCGUGAGCCUAAGUCUCGUCCUGCGUCGCCUGUUCGCGCUGUUCGCACUGGUCGUCGUGUUCCGCGUCAACGUCCUCCUCCUGUCCCCGGCACGCACCAGAUGGCACUUCGUCCUUCCUCUGUUCCACUGCGUGUCCCUCUGCCGUCUCCUCCUGCGUCCACUCUUCCUGACGUCCCUGACCCGAAGUCUGACUCCCUUCGUGCUGCUAGUCCUACUGUCACGCGUCUCCUGGCCACUGUUGUCACUGACCCUUCUUUUGAGUCUACUGAUGCGUCUGCGCUUGUUGCUGAGCUGGUUGACUUUGCUGCCGCCUGUCGUUUAGACUACGCCGCUAGCCUUGUUGCUGAGUCUCAGUAUGUCUGUCCUCCGUCCGUCGGGGGUGAGUGUGCUCUUGGCACGGACGUCCUUGAGGACAGGCAGGAUGACUUUGAGUGUUUUGCAGCCGCUGUACCUCAUCUCGUGUCCAUGCUGGUUGCACCUGAGGGAGACCCGGAUGCACCAGACAUCCCGACCCCGCGCUCUUACGCAGAGGCGGUGAAGCGGCCGCCGGGUUCUCCGCCUGUCUUCAAGGCGUGUUACGUUGCACGAGGCUUCAGUCAGCGACAGGGAGUUGACUUCUUCCAGACCUUCUCCCCUACCCCGAAGAUUACCACUCUUCGGGUACUGCUGCACGUCGCCGCUCAGCGUGACUACGAGCUUCACUCUCUUGACUUCAGCACAGCCUUCCUACAGGGCAGCCUGCACGAGGAGAUCUGGCUGCGCCGCCCACCUGGCUUCACUGGGUCGUUUCCUGCAGGUACCCAGUGGAGCCUCCGGCGGCCAGUCUACGGUCUCCGCCAGGCGCCUCGCGAGUGGCACGACACACUGUGGACGACUCUUGCGGCUCUUGGGUUUGCUCCUUCUACUGCUGACCCGUCGCUGUUUCUACGCACCGACACUUCGCUGCCGCCGUUCUACAUCCUCGUGUACGUCGACGACUUGGUCUUUGCCACUGCUGACACUGCUUGA